CAACCUAACACCAACUGAAGUUACAAACAACGUAAUCAUUCCGAAAGAGAAAAAAAAAAAAAAAAGGUUUAUAAUCAAAAAAGAAAAACCCCAAACCCAAACUCGUUCUCUCCCAAAUCUGUUUCCAUAAUCUCUCGCUCAAUCACACAUAGAUACAUAGCAUAGCAGCACUUAGGUGAGGAGCUGUUGUUCUUGUUUGGCUCAGAAAUGGCUCAGUUGAAAUCAUUUCCUUCCCAUCCAUGCACUACUACUUCUGCUCCUUCCCUACGUUCAACAGAGCACAUUUUGUUGUUUAAUCGGUUCUGGAAAGCAAAUCCAUGUUCAUAUAAAGAGUUGAGGCCAAGAACCAGUGUUGAUGCCACUAGACUUCAAGUUGUAAAGGCAGUAUUGCGCAGUGAUACGGAUGUAGAAGUUUCUGAAGCCAAGAAAGGUAGUGGGCUACGUGGAAAAUUGAAUAAGGUUGUAUUGGCUUACAGCGGUGGCUUAGACACAUCGGUCAUUGUCCCAUGGCUGAGAGAGAAUUAUGGCUGUGAUGUUGUUUGCUUCACUGCUGAUGUUGGCCAAGGUAUAAAAGAAUUGGACGGUUUAGAAGCUAAAGCCAAAUCCAGUGGGGCAUCUCAAUUAGUCGUAAAGGACUUGAAGGAGGAAUUUGUUAAAGAUUACGUAUUUCCUUGCCUGCGUGCUGGUGCUAUUUAUGAGAGGAAGUAUUUGCUUGGGACCUCAAUGGCACGUCCUGUAAUUGCAAAGGCCAUGGUGGAUGUUGCUAAAGAAGUUGGAGCUGAUGCUGUCUCCCAUGGGUGUACCGGGAAAGGAAAUGAUCAGGUUCGGUUUGAGCUCACUUUCUUUGCUCUGAACCCCAAGCUAAAUAUUGUGGCUCCAUGGAGGGAAUGGGAUAUUACAGGGAGAGAAGAUGCCAUUGAGUAUGCUAAAAAGCAUAAUGUUCCCGUUCCAGUGACAAAGAAAUCCAUAUAUAGCAGGGAUAGGAACCUAUGGCAUCUUAGUCAUGAGGGCGAUAUUUUGGAAGACCCAGCUAAUGAGCCCAAAAAGGAUAUGUACAUGAUGUCUGUAGACCCGGAGGAUGCUCCAGAUCAAGCAGAAUAUUUAGAAAUUGGUAUAGAGUCGGGUCUUCCUGUUUCACUCAAUGGGAAGACGCUUUCACCAGCAUCUUUACUCGCUGAGCUCAAUGAGAUAGGUGGAAGGCACGGAAUUGGCCGGAUCGACAUGGUUGAGAAUCGGCUUGUAGGCAUGAAAAGCCGCGGAGUUUACGAAACACCUGGUGGAACUAUCCUUUUUGCUGCCGCACGGGAGUUGGAGUCUUUGACACUUGAUCGAGAAACAAUACAGGUCAAAGAUUCAUUAGCACUUAAAUAUGCAGAGUUAGUGUAUGCCGGAAGAUGGUUUGAUCCACUUCGCGAAUCCAUGGAUGCCUUUAUGCAGAAGAUUACAGAGACCACAACAGGUUCUGUGACUUUGAAAUUAUACAAAGGUUCUGUUACUGUAACAGGUAGGAAGAGCCCCUUUAGCCUGUAUAGGCAAGAUAUCUCAUCAUUUGAGAAUAGUGAUAUAUAUGAUCAAGCUGAUGCUGCUGGUUUUAUCCGGCUUUACGGUCUUCCAAUGAAGGUCCGGGCAAUGCUUGAGCAAGGCAUUUAAGUGUUGAUUUCAUUUCAACAUGUAGUUGAUUGCAACAACAACAAAAAAUGCCUGCUUUAUCUCUGCUAUUUUAGUUUUGAUUGUUUAGGAAUUGGAUUUUAACUAGAGUAGUUUUGAAUUGUUAGUGGAUUACUCAACCCUAAUAAAAUGAUGGCAAACGUUAACUGAGUAAGUAAUGUUAUCAAUUAUUCAAAUGUUGUAUCCUUCCUUCAAUAAUAAUUAUUUUAUGGUUUAAUCAA